AUUAUAUUUUGCGAGGCAGACUCAGCAAACAUGACCUUGUCACAGGCUGCAAGCAAGCAAUCGUUGGCAUCAAGGGCACUUCGCUCGCAACCAAAUGUAAUCCGUGCGCCUGCACGUGCAACCUGCUAUCGCCAAAAUGCGAUCUACUUGACGGGGUCGACAGGCCGAACCGAGUCGGGCUCAUUAACCAGCUCGUCUCAGCCAAACGCAAGCGUCAGCCGGCGAAGCGCGUUGUUAUCGCUGGUCGGCACCUCGAUUGUGCUUGCACGGCCAUCGGCUGUUGGAGCCGUGGAAGAGGUGAAGCUGCCGAAAGAGUAUCGCCAGCUGGUGAAGCGGCUGAGCGAGGGGCUGAGCGAGUCCAUUGAGACGGAGGCUAGCGGCGCUUCUGAGGCUGAGGUGCGGCGCGCGGCAGACCCGGCCAAGGAGGUGGUGCGGGAGUUUGUGCGCAAAUGGCGCGACAACCCGCGAGUUAGCUCCGACAUAACGCACGCCGAAAUUAAGGAGGCACUUGCGGAGCUGGGUGAGUUCUAUCUGGCGUACGGCCAGCGCACCAAGCUCACGCCCCCGGUGCGCGAGAGUGUGCUGCGCCACCUGAAGGCUGCGCGGUCGGCACUGCCCGAGGAGGAGGGCAGCGCCAGCAAGGUGCUUGGGCUGUUCUGAAGGGGCGUCUAGGGGCGUCUAGGUGCUUGACGCGAGGGCGGCAUACUGAACGGCAGGCUGCAAGUGCGCUGGAACGUACAGGUUUCCUAGGUAUGCCGUCAAUGGCGUAGGUUGGUCGUGUAACUGGUGCGCAUGACAGUGUUCUGGUGUCUACGUCGGGUGUCCACGUCGGUGAUGGAGACCCUCUGGGAAACGUCCAUUCGCCCAUGCCACGUUGGUGCAAUGUCUGAAGCCGAAGA